AGACGCUGGCGCACAGAAUCGAUUUCCACGUCUUCGUUCGGCGAUAUUCAUCUUUGCCUUCAAUACUCAUCCUUCUCUAGAUCCAAUUCCUACAGACCUUGCAACCUAACAAUUCUUGUGCUAACAUCGUUCUCGACACUAUCCUCGUCGCAACCCUUCCCACCUAGCCCGAACCCCAAUCACCCCGCCUUCAACUCCCAUCCACCUCCCACAAUCAUGCAGGCGCUACCAGAAUCCCGUCAGCAGACCUUUGAGGAAAUCUAUGGUCCUCCAGAAAACUUUCUAGAAAUCGAGGUCAAGAAUCCUCAAACACAUGGCUCUUCUCCCCGAAAUAUGUAUACCUCAUACGAGAUUCACACUCGGACCAACAUUCCCGCAUUCAAGCUGCGCCAUUCCGUGGUCCGCCGUCGCUACUCGGACUUUGAGUACUUCCGAGAUAUCUUGGAACGCGAGAGUGCCCGCGUGACCAUCCCUCCUUUGCCAGGAAAGGUCUUUACAAACCGGUUCUCCGAUGAUGUGAUUGAACACAGAAGGGAAGGUCUUCAAAGAUUCCUACAGAUCGUGGUUGGGCAUCCUCUACUUCAAACUGGAAGUAAAGUCUUGGGCGCAUUCAUACAAGACCCGAACUGGGACCGAAGUGCCUGGUGAUUAUAAAACCCCGCGGGUGGGCACUCGUCAACGAUUUCGGCUCAUUCACAUUCACCAAAUUGUACCCCUUUUUAUGAUACAUGACUACGAUAUCAGGAUCCCUUUCGUCCACGAGGCACGAGAAACGAGACACCCGAGGUGCUAGGUAGUAUCAUCCGUCAAACCAUACUUUUGGCGCAAUCAUCCUUUCAAGUGUUGUGUUGCAUGAACCAGGGGCAUUUAUUGGUUGACUUGUUUGGAGCGGCGUACCUGAUGGAUGGAGUUUGACCUGACCUGCUCCGACUUUGUGAACCGCAGAUAUGUUAGGACUCCUGGGGUGGCAUGCAAACGAAGGGCACUUGCACAGAUUGAGUGGCAAGCAGAAAAUCAAGGGAAAGGAAGGGAAGGGAAGGGAAGGGAUUUCGCUGUGGAAGGGUUCAGAAUAUGAGUUUAGCCUCUCCGACAAACAUGCAAGCAAGCAAGCGAUUUCAGAUUCUUCUAUA